AGUGGGAGGUACCCUCAGACUGCUCAUUCUCUGUGUGCUUUUUCACAAAAAAUACUGAACUGGGGCUGAAACUGAAACAGGGCAAGACUCGUAAAAGGAGUGCAGUCUCUUGCUCUCCUUCAUUCUCACAGUUUCCUGUUUAAGGAGGCCAUUUUGUAACUCAGCCUGGAGGAGAGUCACAACAAAGUUUGGCAUUAUUUUUGUUUUUUCUCUCCCUCAGCCGGGAGUUUCACAAUCAAGUUUGGACUUUCUCCCCUGCAGCAACUCAUUUGGACGAGAGAGGUGAAGGAGGGAAGAAGGUGGAUGAGUCUCUCUCACACACUGCUCAUGCUUGCCAUGCCAGGACAAUAACAGGAGUUUGAAGACGAGAGAGCGCGAAAGAAGUGUCAGAAAGGAAGAAAAAAACACAACUUCCUGGAUAAGGAUUUCUUCCUUGAUCCACUGGGAGGGGGUGGACACAGGACACAGAGGAACCAGGACUCUCUGCUCAGUGUGUGUGUGUCCAUGUGUCAGUGUGUGUACCCCUCUCUCCUCCACUGAGACACUUUUAAAUGAGUGUGGGGUUUCUGGGAGCUGUAGACUGCACCUGGUUGUGUGUGUGUGUGUGUGUGUGUGUGUGUGUGUGUGUGUGUGUGUGUGUGUGACUGUGUAUGUCUGAGAGCUUCAGACAUCGAACAAACAGGACUCUGAAUGGCUAACGCUAGCCCUUGUAUGUCCUCAGGGCCCAUGGCUCAGGUCUUCUUUCCUCCUGGGGGCUCCUCGCCACCAGGCUCAGCUGUGAUGCAGCAGGGCACCCCUAUAUCCUUGCCCUCUAUUCCCACUCAGGCUGGUUUUCCUAUGAUGGACCUGACACCAGGGCAGGUUCCUGGUGGGGCUGUGAUACCCUCACUGCCUCCCACUCCAUCAGGGGUUUCCUUCAUCAUCCAGAUUGGCCUGACCAGAGAAUCUGUCCUGAUGCCCCAGAGUGCUGACCUGGCCUAUGUGAAACAAAUUGCCUGCUCCAUUGUUGACACCAAGUUCCCUGAGUGCGGCUUCUAUGGCAUAUAUGACAAGAUUUUGCUGUUCAAGCAUGACACAAGCACCAACAAUAUCCUGCAACUGGUUAAAGCUGCCUGUGACAUUCAGGAGGGAGAUCUGGUGGAGGUGGUGCUCUCUGCGGCGGCCACGUUUGAAGAUUUCCAGAUCCGGCCCCAUGCACUCAACGUGCACUCAUACCGAGCCCCAGCCUUCUGUGAUCACUGUGGAGAGAUGCUGUUCGGACUGGUUAGACAAGGGCUCAAGUGUGACGGAUGUGGACUAAACUACCACAAGCGAUGUGCAUUCAGCAUCCCAAACAACUGCAGUGGAGCUCGUAAACGGCGUCUGUCCACCACCUCCCUGAGCAGCAGCCAGUCCCUGCGUCUCUCCACCACGGAGUCAGUGUAUAGUGUAGGGACGACCUCCACCUGCCAAGAGGACGCAAGCCUCAUCCGCUCACACACACAAAUGCCACGGACCGCUAGUGACGCCCGGCGCUUUUACACGGGCCGACCUGUUCAUUUGGACAAGAUCCUGAUGAGCAAGGUGAAGGUGCCUCACACGUUCGCUGUCCACUCGUACACGCGACCGACGGUGUGCCAGUACUGCAAGAGACUUCUUCGAGGGCUGUUCAGGCAGGGCCUCCAGUGCAAAGACUGCAAGUUUAACUGCCAUAAACGCUGUGUGUACAAGGUUCCUAAUGACUGCCUCGGGGAGACCAUUGGAGACAACAGAAGUAACUGCGACAUGUUGAGUCCCAGUGCUGACCCUGAGGUGCCCAUGGACUACAGCAGUGAGUACGACGCCUCAGACAAGUCUUCGAUCGAUGACUCAGACGAGGCCUGCAGCAUCCCUGGGUCCUUUUCUCCGGACAACCACCAGGAUGGAACCAGCGGAGACCAGAGUGUUUACAUCCCGUUAAUGAGGGUGGUGCAGUCGGUGAGGCAGACAACCCGUCGAUCCAGUACGUCUAUCAAGGAAGGGUGGAUGGUUCACUACAGCAAUAAGGACACACUGAGAAAGAGGCACUACUGGCGACUGGACUGUAAGUGCAUCAUACUUUUCCAGAACAACACCACCAACAAAUUCUACAAGGAGAUCCCUUUGUCUGAGAUCCUGGAGGUGCGUCCUGCUGGAAACUUCAGCCUUGUCCCCCCAGGCACAAAUCCUCACUGUUUCGAGCUUAUCACAGGCACUAUGUGCUACUUUGGAGGGGAGGACCCCAACACUCUCCCGCCUCUGUCCCCCAGCAACCCCCAGACUCUCCCCCCAACCCCACCCUCCCCCAGCCAAGUAGCUCCCAACAGCGGCAUUGGCCGUGAGGUGGCCAAGGCAUGGGAGAGCGCCAUUCGCCUGGCCCUCAUGCCAAUCAUCUUUCAGGACGCUCCACCAGUCGGGGGGAACACAACUCACAGACAAGCUUCGAUCAGCAUAUCUGUGUCCAACAGUCAGAUCCAAGAGAAUGUGGAUAUUUGUACAGUGUACCAGAUUUUUGCUGAUGAAGUUCUGGGAUCUGGGCAAUUUGGAGUAGUGUAUGGAGGAAAGCACAGGAAGACGGGGAGGGAUGUAGCUAUCAAAGUCAUUGACAAGCUUCGCUUUCCCACCAAGCAGGAGAGCCAGCUGAGGAACGAGGUGGCCAUACUGCAGAGUUUACGUCACCUGGGAAUUGUGAACCUGGAGUGUAUGUUUGAGACUCCAGAGAAAGUGUUCGUGGUGAUGGAGAAGCUGCAUGGUGACAUGCUCGAGAUGAUCCUCUCCAGUGAGAAAGGCAGAUUGCCUGAGAGGCUCACUAAGUUCCUGAUCACACAGAUUCUUGCAGCUCUGAGACAUCUACACUUCAAGAACAUCGUUCACUGUGAUCUGAAACCUGAGAAUGUGCUGCUUGCCUCUGCUGAUCCCUUCCCCCAGGUGAAGUUGUGUGACUUUGGUUUUGCCCGUAUCAUCGGCGAGAAGUCUUUCCGUCGCUCGGUGGUCGGCACCCCGGCCUACCUGGCCCCGGAGGUUCUGCUGAACCAGGGCUACAACCGCUCACUGGACAUGUGGUCGGUCGGCGUCAUUAUGUACGUCAGCCUGAGUGGAACAUUCCCCUUUAAUGAAGACGAAGAUAUCAACGACCAGAUCCACAACGCAGCCUUCAUGUACCCUCCCAACCCCUGGAAACAGAUCUCCAGUGAUGCAACUGACUUGAUCAACAACCUGCUGCAAGUUAAGAUGAGGAAACGCUACAGCGUGGACAAGAGUCUCAGCCACGUAUACUUACAGGACUAUCAGACUUGGUUGGACCUGCGGGAGCUGGAGACUAAACUCGGCGGCCGUUACAUCACCCAUGAGAGUGAUGACAUCCGCUGGCAAAUGUUUGCCCGUCAACAUACUCUGCCUUACCCCUCUCACCUCGUGCCUCCUCCUCUUGCGCCGGGCUCUGACGAUGAGGCCGUGGAGGAUGCAGAUGUGCAAGGCCUCACUGAGAGGGUCAGCAUCCUCUGACCAGAGAGAGACAGAGGACUCAAGCUCAUUUAGGAAGGAGAAAAGAAGUAGGGAGGAGGAGGGAGGAUUGGGAUGGUCGACCUAUAGCCUGAAAAAGACAUACACUUGUAUGAUUUAAAAAAGAUUGGCGUCCAGCUUUCCAGACUUUCACAGCACAACAUCUGUUUGCCAGCGUGCAAUUUCACAGCAAUAAAUCCAACGUCUCUCCCCCAGCCUGAGGUCAUCAAAGCUUCCUUUUGAUCAUUCACCUCUGCCCUCUUUCUUCUUUUGAAUCGCUGAACUAUUUUCAUAAUAAAGACAGCUCGACUCUAUUUCACAUCCUCUGUGCGGCUGACCUGGGGAGCUUUUACAGACCGAGUCUAAAUUUAAAUCAGAAUUUCUCACACGAAUGACGCCCAUCAUGUUCUUUUGCUGCCACUGUCAGACGCUUUAGUGAAGCAGGAAAUUCCACCUCACCACAAGCGAUAAAGAUAUGAAUUUGGUAUAGGUAUGUUUUUAUUGAGGGUUUUUUCUAAACAAAUAGGAGUGAAUAUUGAAAAUGAAAUUGCCUUCCAUUAAAAGAGAAGUUUGUUUUUGGUGUCAUUUAAUUGGACUGACUGGAAUUACCGUCCCUUUUAUGUAUUCAGUAAGGAUCGGUUUAAUCUCUUUUCGGUGCUUUACAGUGACAACGGACUUCCUCUGUGCUGGUAAUUACUAAUGUGCAGGCAUUGGAGUCAAACCCAUCUACAUUCACAAAUGCAUCCCCAUAAGUGCAUGCCCUGUAGUGCAAACUGGAGGUAUUGAUCUGGUGACAGCAAAUGCUCUGCAAUUACCACUAGUUUUGAGCCACAAUAGACUCUUAGAAAAUACAUUUGAUUAAAGAUGUCUUUGUGGGUUUAAAUGAACUCCAGUUUUGGGCUGUUCAUUCCCUGAGUUGCCCACUUUCACCCAUCUCUGAAGUCAAACAGUUGUGUAUUUAAAUACUUUUAAAAGUUUUAAUGAACCUUUAUGUAUAAGAUUACCAGUAUAAGUAAAGGUUCAAUUAGAAAAUAGUAAAUAAUAUAUAAUCUGGAGUGUACAUAAGUUUAAAAUGCUGCCAAUGGAGGCAUCAUUUUUACACCUGAGCAGGUAAAUGGAUGCCUCUUUAAAACCACACAGCUCCUUUGUUUACUGUUGUUGAGAAGAACGGACCUCUCUCUAUGUUGUAAGUGCAUAAACGGACAGUUUGGGUUACUAAACUAGGUUUUGUAGAGUAAAUAUAGUUUGAUUGAUUGACUACGUGUCACGUCAAUAUGUUGCAUGUUUCUGUGAAGUAGAAUUAUUUAGAUACAAUAUAAAACAUACUGUAGUUAUGAUGGUCUAUUAUACAUAUUGUGUAACCUGAAGUUUAUGUAGCUGUCAAAUAUGCGUAGACUGUGUAUUACAUGUUUGAAGGAUAAUCCUAGCGCUGGUAACGGAUAAUACAAAUUUUGAAAAAUGUUCUUUUCUGUCUUGGAUGAGUUAUUUAUUCAUCCGUACUUAACUGUCAUCUAGAAAUUGUAAUAUUCACCAAACUGAGGAGUCAUGGACAUGUGAUUAAGAUUCACUACUAAGAUUAUUUGGAAGCAAAGACCAUUGUUGUCACUCAGGUUGUCUGUGGCGAAAGACAUGCUUUAAAAAAUAAAAUGAUCACGUAUGUAGCAAUAAAAUCCACUCGCACUCUUUUGUCCCUUUCUGACAAAGAGAAGAUUAAAACAGAUGUAACUUCUGUGAUAUAAAAUCUACUGACAAUGGUGUCAAUACAACUUGUCAAGGAUGCUUGCAACAUGGACUUAAGAUAGCAUAGAUUUAUGUAUGCAUUUGACCACACACACACAAAAACACUCCGCUGUCAGAGAACAAAGACCUGAAAUUUUGACACCCAUUACACAUUACAGAGUGGCACUCAAGGGGACCCUGUGGCUAUACAGGCAAAGGUAGUGAAUUGUUUUCCAUUCUGUGAUCCGCGCACUUCAGCCAGCUACUCUGGUGAAAGUGCACCCUUGGUUCCUCCUACACUACACCAAUCAUCAUUGCCAAACUACUACAAAUGAUACACUGUCUCAUUUUAUUUAUUUCAAGUGUCUAUAGUGUGUUCACUAUUCCAUCAGCUACACUUCUCCAUGCUCAUGUCUCUGCUCGGGCAAGUGGCAGUGGAGACCUUCCACUUAGUAAGCAAAAGAGCUCCAAACCUCAGAGAGACUAGUACCUGGUACUACAACGAAGUCUCUAUUUAGCUUCAUCUAAUUCUGCGAAAAGCAACGUUCAUUUAUGUUGUCAGAAGAGUACUAUGAUAAUCUGACUUUCCCUCUUCUACUUCUGAAAAGGUGCUUAAAUGAUAAUGUAUACUCUCAGGUGCGAUCGCAACAGGUUUCGUGGAUGGCUUCAGGACUUUUAAUGAAUUUCUACCAUAGAUGGAAGUAUCUUUGAUGUAUGUAAAACAUAAAGGAUGUUUAUUCAGAGUGUACACUCAACACAUUAGAACAGUCGUCUUCAAUGUAAGCCUGAUAAUCAGGCUGAAUUGCCAUUUUGUUUCACUUCAAUCAUAAAUCGUAUUGCUGAA